UUGUUACAAUAUUCACAUCGCAUUCUGUUAUUUCAAAACGAUCUGCUCUUCGCAAAUCAUAGAGAAAUACAAGCCCAAGAAUAGUUAAGUAAACGUCAUAAAAUCCUUUACCUGAGCGAGUAUAAACGGAGUAGUCAUCAGGCGUAGAGUUAAGAGGGUAGGGAUGAAUGGGCGGAGCAGAUAUAGGUGCCCUCUUGUGUUUACCUCUAGAAAAUGUUGAUUGGCAGAUGAAUGAGGAGGCCCGUUACCGGGAUCGAGUGGUUCAGUAAGUACCUGCGCAAAACUACAACUUCGUCGGUUGCUACGUCGGUUGCUCCGUCAGUCUUGUUUCGCCCGUUCAGAGCGUCUAACCAAAGAAUCCAGUUUAUCGUGAGUUGACCAAAGAACCCAGCUUGUCCUGACGUGCACGAGUUCAAUUCAAUCUAAGCAAUAUGGCAAAUUUGGAGACUGAAGAUUUUCGAGUUCCUUUCCCGGAAAGCGACUCGAGAAUCGUGAAUGACUGCACCAAGGUGGAAACGCAAUCCGAAGAAUAUACCGUCAACAGCAACUACGUUUGGCGGAUACAGAAUUUUGAUUGGUUGAAACUACAGCAAUCCGGGUUCAUCACGUCGGACAUUUUUUACACCUCCGACCCGAGGGAUGAUUUUAUGUGGCGCAUGUCCAUCGAAGUCAGUAAAUUUGAUAGAGAUCAGCAUGUGAUGUGCGUACGCAUUCUUCUGCAAGAUAACUUCAAGGAGGUGGUUGACGCCAAUUACUCGAUGUGCAUUCUUGAUAAAAACGACGCCAGAACGUCAGAAGGGGUUAUGCCAACGGCGUUCAGUAGCCACAAGGGCCGUUCAGCGAUAUCCGCUAUAAGCGUAAACUAUCUUCGGAAUCAUCUUGUACACGAUAAGCUAUUACCCGACGGCCACUUGAACAUACUUUGCCAAAUAAAGAGAGAAGUGAAACCGUACAAAUGUGGUAUCCCCAGGGACCUCGGCCUCCUCUUCGACAGCGCCAAACUGAGCGACGUGACGCUCGUAGUCAAGAAGAUCGAGUUUUCGGUGCACAGGAGCAUACUGGCGGGUCGCAGCCCCGUGUUUGCCUCGAUGUUUGAUCUAAAUAUGAUCGAGAGCAAGAAGGAUAUGGUAGAAAUUCCGGACAUCGAGCCGGAGGUUAUAAAGGAACUGCUGAGGUUCAUCUAUACCGAUAAAGUCGAGAAUAUCGAGGUGUUAGGUCUCGAAAUAUUCAUUGCUGCCGAUCAAUACGCCUUGGAGGAUCUCAAAUUCGAAUGCGAGAAUGCGCUUUGCAGCAGUAUAGACACCGAGAACGCUGGGGUGCUGUUGAAGUAUGCUGAUAUUUAUGGAUCUCAUCGGUUGAAAAGUGAAGCUCGAAAGUUCUUAUUUGAAAACGCUAAGGAUGUAGCCGAGGCGGAGGGCUACGAUGCUCAUGUUGAUGGAUAUCUCACUUUCUUGAUGAGAAUUCUACCAUUGGAUGAUUGAUUUUCAAGAGAGUGAAUUUUUUGCAGAUUUAUUCGCCUCUGCUUACAUUUUGUUUUCCAACGUAGUCGUUAAUUUUGCUCCUUUUUAGAUAGUCAUGGAAAGAAAUAAUUUUGAAUAUUUUGUUUUUAUAGUGCCGUGUGAAAAAGUGCAAUAAGUCGAUCAAAUAUUUGUAAAUUUUUUUUUUUAAUUAAACGCUUUACAACUUAUUCUGAUCCUUCACAUUAUUAUGAAAUACAUCCUUAUUACUGUA